AUUGUUAAAAAGAGGAUACCACAAAAUGUCUGAAAUUAACAGACAAAACAGAAAAUUAGAAAUUUUGGUAUUGUAUCAGAAACUCAUCUAACUAUUAUGAGAGCUUAGAUUCUUAUGAAAAAGAAAUGGAAGAUAAUCGCUUCAACAUUGCUGCAGAACAUGCACGAAAAUUACGAAACCUCAGUGAAUCGUCGAUGUUACAAUUGUACGGUUUGUACAAACAGGCCACAGCUGGUCCUUGUACAACACCAAAACCAGGAUUUUGGGAUAUUGUUGGUAAAUCAAAAUGGGAAUCGUGGAAAAAGCUAGAGAAAAUGGAUAAAGAAACUGCAAAAGAGGGUUACAUAAUUCUUGUUCAAGAGCUUGACCCUACAUGGGACAUUGAUGAAGAAUCAUUAAUGGAAGAUGAUUCUGAAACAAAGAAAGCUGGACAUGGUAUGGGAGUUUCAGUAAGCACAAUGUCCUAUGGAGAAGAUCAGUAUAUAAGCAAUGAAGAUAAAAGUAUUUUUGAUUGGUGUAAAGAAAAUGUUGUUAGUAAAGUGGCAAUGAUGUUAGGCACUGGCAACUUCCAAGUUAACAGUAAAGAUGAAAAUGGCAUGACUAUGCUGCACUGGAGCAGUGACCGUGGCCACAAUGAUAUGGUCAACUUACUGAUUAAAAAUGGUGCAGAUAUCAAUAUGCAGGAUAAUGAUCUCCAGACAUCACUUCAUUAUGCUGUUGUUUGUGAACAUGCACAUGUUAUCAAGGGCCUACUGGAGAGAGGAGCAAAUGCAAAUUUACAAGAUGAUACAGGUGCUACACCUCUCGAUGUUGCAACUUCACCAAGCAUAAAGGACCUUAUCAAAGAAUUUUCAAAAUCCAGCUAAAAGACAAAUGUUUCUAAGGAAUCUUAUUGUACAUAUCAUUGAUAAAUUAAAUCUUGAAAUGUUCUUGUUAGAAUAAACUGUUUUACUAAAAUUCACGAUGUUAUAUGAAAA